GAAGGAGGCUCUUGGCAAGAGGCCCGUCUCCCCACCUUGAUCUAGAGGGGAUUAUGGAGAGCAUGGGACGCUACGGCUGACGCUUAAGCACAAUUGCCCUAUGGGACGCCGCGCUAUUACUCCAAUGACGGGGUUGGAGUGCGCAUGGCCCCAAUUCUUUCCCAAGUUCUGCCCCCCGCCUGGACUUUAUUGCCGAACCCAGCAAAACAGAACCAGGGCUCGGGAAAAGGGCCAAGAAAAGUGUAACUAUUAGCCCCAAGCCGCGCGCGUCGCACUUAACAAGCUCCUCCUCCUCGAGUCGUUUCUACAUAAUCGCGGCCGUAUCCUAUCCCCCCGCACUGUUCACCUUUCGACCUUGAUCUCCAGCGCGUCAUUGUCUUUUUCAUCUUGCUGUCACCGCGAGCAAGCAAGCAAGCAAGCAAGCAAGCACAAGGCCUGCGCAGGAUACAUACAUCCAUCCCACGCAGCUUGCCGACGUCACCGGAGCCACCCGAAGCAAACAACCUGCAACUCCCUCUCAAUCCGGGAAUUUGUUUCGUUUCAUAAACCUGACCAAAAAUCUCCCCUAAAACGGCAUCAUGAGUGACGUGGAAAAGGUCGUUAAUGCCGACCACUCCUCCAACUCUGAGGUGGACGCUCUGGUCGACCCCGAUGCCGGCCUCUCGGACGAGGAGCGCGCAAAGAAUGAGCGCAAAUUGCUAUGGAAGCUUGAUAUGAAGCUUAUGCCGUGGCUCACACUCCUGUAUCUUGUGUGCUUCCUCGACCGUACCAACAUUGGCAAUGCAAAGAUUGCCGGUCUCGAAGCAAGCUUGGGCUUGCCCCCCAACGACCCGAGCAAGUACAAUGCGACGCUCACCAUCUUCUUUGUGGCGUACGCCUUUUUCGAAUCCGUCUCCAACUUUCUGCUCAAGCGCCUGCGACCCUCGAUCUUUAUCCCCACCAUCAUGUUCUUCUGGGGCUGCACCAUGGUAGGCAUGGGUUUCGUGCAGAACUGGUCCGGUCUCAUGGCCGCUCGAUUCUUUCUCGGUAUGACGGAAUCCGGCUUGUUCCCUGGCAUCAACUACUUCCUGUCGUGCUGGUACCGCCGUGACGAAUUUGGCGUGCGCGCUGCGAUUUUCUUCUCUGCGGCGGCCCUUUCCGGCUCCUUUGGUGGUCUUUUGGCCGCUGCCAUUGAGAACAUGAAGGGCAUUGCUGGUCUGGAGGGUUGGCGCUGGAUCUUCAUCAUUGAGGGUCUUGCGACAGUGCUGGUUGCCAUUCUUUCGUUCUGGAUGGUGUACGACUUCCCCGACGAGGCCAAGUUCUUGUCUGAGGAGGACCGCCAGCGCGUGCUGUACCGCCUGUCCAGGGACCAGCAGUCGUCUGCCAAGAAUGAGUCCUUUAAGAAGGGCGCUCUCAUGGCCGCGCUCAAGGACUGGAAGACGUACGCUGGCAUGGUCAUCUACAUGGGGCCUUUGAUGCCUCUGUACUCCUUCAGCUUGUUCCUGCCGACCAUCAUCCAGAACAUGUCUCUCACGGAUCCCAAGGACAUUGUGCGUAACCAACUGCUCAGUGUGCCGCCGUAUGCGCUUGGCGCCAUUGCGACCGUUAUUGUCGGUUUCUGGUCUGACCGCAUCAAGCACCGUGGCACGUUCAACAUGGUCUGCGCGGUCAUAGGCGCGGCGGGCUUCGCCAUGUUGGCUGGCUCGACAAAUGGCUAUGUUCAGUACGCAGGUACUUUCCUCGGCGCGCUGGGUAUCUACCCUAGUGUGUCACUCACGAUUGCAUGGGUUGCGAAUAACGUGGAAGGCGUGUAUAAGCGUGGAUUCGCGCUCGGCUUUGUCAUUGGCUGGGGUAACCUCAACGGCGUGGUUUCUUCCAACGUCUACUUCCACAAGCCUCGCUUCUUUGAGGGCCACGGUGUUGUCAUUGGAUACCUCAUUGUCUGUAUGCUUGGUGGUAGCGUCUUCUACUCCAUCUUCUUGAACAGGGAGAACAAGAGACGCCUGGCGGGUGAGCGGGACUAUCUCGUUGAGGGCAAGACGCAAGAGGAGAUUGAUGCUUUGGGUGAUGAACGCCCAGACUUUAUUUACACGCUGUAAUGCAUGGCUGGAUUACUUUUUGUUUUUGGAUGGGCUUGAAAUGUGGAGUGAUAUAGGAUUUAAAGGUUGAUUAUGGAUGUUAUUUGCCAAAUGAUGAGUCUGACACAGUAUUGAUGCCAGUAGUAAUUUGUAUCGCUGCAACUAUUCCUCUUGUGAAUGGACUGGUAAUUUGGUCGCCAAAUGUCAUGACUUGUAGAAACUUGAAUGAUAGUGUUUGAAAUUGU